AGUGAGUGGCUCAAGUGGGUGAGCGGAAAGCAGAGAGAUGGCCUCCCGCCUGCUUGGCGUGGGGCUUCUGGCGGCGGCGCUUUCUCCAGGGCUUCUCUUCAGCGUGGUUGUGCGCAGCCCCAGCCGCACUGCGCCUGCCGCUCCCUCGGCGCAGCGACUUGCAGCUGGGGGAGGUGGUGUGGCGCCGUCCGUCGCCGGGUGUGGUGUGGUGGUGGUUCUCGCUGCCAGCCGCGGCAAUGCCAGGAAGAAGUGCAGCCGGAAGGCUGGGAUUAUGGGUUCAUUGGAUGAUUUGAAGAAGGAAGAAGAAGAGGAGAAAGAGAUGCAGGAGAAGGGCAAGUCCCAGGAGUAUGGUACCAAAUCUUCCGACGAGGGCGACAAGCUGAAAGCCUUCUUUGACCAGGACAUAGACAUUUCCGAGUUAGAAGAGUAUGCCAAACAGUACGCGGAGGACGCAGCUGACACGAGUAAGCGCCAGAUCGCAUACAAGCUGUAUCCCUCCAAGCAGUAUGUGCUCUACCUCGCGAAGAAGAACGCCAUCAAGACGUGGGCCAAGGAUGGCAAUCAGGGAGGGCUUGAAGUUCAGAUCGCCGUGCUCACGGAGAGGAUCCGCAACAUGGUGCUUCACAUGCGGGAGUUCCGGCGCGACUACAAGUGCCGUAUGAAGCUCACCAGCCUGGUGUGCCGAAGGCGCAGAUAUCUGGACAAGCUCGCGGCCAAGAAUUUGGAUGCCUACAUGAAGAUUCGCGAGGAGCUGAAGAUCCGCCACGUUUACCGCAUGGAGGCCCUGAAGAAUCGCUUGCCCGCCUAUGUGUACGCUGUGAAAGACCGCCUGCACCGUCCUGGGCGCAAGACCUUGAACCGCUUGAAGAAGACCAAGGCCCUCUUCACCCGGCGUUUGGCCCGCCAGUUGCGCCAGGGCCGAGAGCGUAAGGUCAUUCACCGCACCAAGAAGAAGCUGGACAGCCGUGAAUGGAUGACGCGACCCUACGAUGAGGUGAGAGCCUGGGAGAGGAACAAGGACCUGGGCAACUACUUGGAUCCUUUGAAUAUGCCGUGAUCUGAUCGGCUGAUGGCGGCCAUCUUUCUUCGGAAGCAGCCGCAGUUGUCGAGGUGGGUGGGCA